AUGCACAGUUUGAGAGGUAAUGGAUGCAGAGCGACGCCAGGGGGACCGACUCCCAGGUCAUUGUGCCGAACAUAUGGUAGCAUGCGGGAUGGUGCUCCGGGGUGUUGCGCGCGCUCUGCUUUCUGGCGGGAAACAAUACUGCCCGAAACUCUCUCCGCGACAGCUCUGCUGGCUGGCAAUGUCCCCUCUCAUGUGCUCCAGAAUUCCACGGCAUGA